CUCUAUCGGUUAAAGAGGUGAUCUCGAAUCGGAAUUGCGCUUGCAUCGCCCCGGUCCACAAACAGUUCCCUGAUAUCCAAUCCACUAUUCCCCUCGGGAAAAGCCCUAGCAAGUUUACUCAGCGGCUCAGCCCAGGCCGCAUGCGAUCGGUCCUUCUUCUCACAUCCUCAUCCGCUUCAUCUGGACAGCAUUCAUUCUCUCUGAUUGGUUCGCGUCGCCCCUCGAGACUCCUAGCCCACUAAUUCUUCGGGUGCUGCUCGGUUCCAAUGGACGCCUCUGAGGAGAUUCUCCGCAAGACGCUAGCAGAGAAGCAAUCAGCCAUCGAAGCCCAUGGCAACGCCGUCCGGGCGCUGAAAGCAGCUGGAGCAGCCAAGCCUGAAAUCGACGCCGCCAUUGAAUCCCUUAACGGGUUGAAGCUUGAGAAGACAUCGAUCGAAAGGCAGCUCCAAGCUGCCAUUGGCGGCGGUGACAGCUCCCUCAACAGGGAAGCGUUCCGUCAGGCGGUGGUGAACACUCUGGAACGGCGUUUGUUCUACAUUCCGUCCUUCAAAAUCUAUCGCGGCGUUGCUGGGCUUUAUGAUUAUGGCCCGCCGGGCUGUGCCGUUAAGUCUAACGUUCUGGCUUUCUGGCGACAGCAUUUUGUGCUUGAGGAAAACAUGUUGGAAGUUGACUGCCCAUGUGUCACACCUGAGGUGGUCCUGAAGGCAUCUGGUCAUGUUGACAAAUUCACUGACCUUAUGGUGAAGGAUGAGAAAACUGGGACCUGCUACCGUGCAGACCACUUGCUCAAGGAUUUUUGUAACGAGAAGCUUCAGAAAGACCUUAGCAUAAGUACAGAGAAGGCAGCUGAACUGAAACAUAUACUUGCAGUAUUGGAUGAUCUCUCAGCUGAAGAGCUGGGUGCAAAGCUCAAGGAGUAUGGCAUUACUGCUCCAGAUACAAAGAAUCCACUGUCUGAUCCUUAUCCAUUCAACUUAAUGUUUCAAACCUCAAUAGGCCCUUCUGGCUUGAGUCCUGGGUAUAUGCGUCCUGAAACUGCGCAAGGCAUAUUUGUUAAUUUUAAGGACUUGUAUUAUUACAAUGGGAACAAGCUUCCCUUUGCAGCAGCUCAAAUUGGUCAGGCUUUUAGAAAUGAGAUAUCUCCUCGCCAAGGCCUUUUGAGAGUCCGUGAGUUUACGCUAGCAGAGAUUGAGCACUUUGUUGAUCCUGAAAACAAGUUUCAUCCAAAAUUCUCAGAAGUUGCCAACUGGGAGUUUCUGAUGUUCCCAAGAGAAGAACAAAUGUCCGGCCAUUCUGCAAAGAAAAUUCCACUGGGUGAAGCAGUUUCAAGGGGAAUUGUCAACAACGAAACUCUUGGCUACUUCAUUGGGAGGGUAUAUCUCUUCCUAACUCGUCUAGGUAUAGACAAAGACCGUUUACGGUUCCGGCAGCAUCUUGCAAAUGAAAUGGCCCACUAUGCCGCUGACUGUUGGGAUGCUGAGAUUGAGUGUUCCUAUGGGUGGAUUGAAUGUGUUGGCAUUGCAGAUAGGUCUGCCUAUGACUUACGUGCUCACUCGGAGAAAAGUGGUGUCCCUCUUGUGGCUCAGGAAAAAUUCCCAGAACCCAGAGAAGUAGAGAAACUAGUAAUCAAUCCAGUGAAAAAAGAGCUGGGUCUUGCAUUCAAGGGGAACCAAAAAAUGGUGGUCGAAGCUUUGGAGGCAAUGAAUGAAAAAGAAGCUUUGGAAAUGAAGGCUGCUUUAGAAUCCAAAGGAGUGAGUGAAUUUAAUGUGUGCACUCUUGGAAAAAACGUUACCAUUAAGAAGAACAUGGUUGCAAUUUCAAAGGAGAUAAAGAAAGAACACCAGAGAGUUUUCACACCGUCUGUAAUCGAGCCAUCUUUUGGCAUAGGGAGGAUAAUAUUUUGCCUCUUUGAACACUCCUUCUAUACAAGGCUGAGUAAAGCUGGGGAUGAACAAUUAAAUGUGUUCCGUUUUCCACCUCUUGUAGCACCUAUUAAAUGCACGGUUUUCCCACUUGUUCAGCAACAACAUUAUGAGGAGGUGGCAAAAGUCAUCUCCCAAUCAUUGACUACGGCUGGAAUCUCACAUAAGAUUGACAUUACAGGGACUUCAAUUGGUAAACGAUAUGCAAGAACCGAUGAACUUGGUGUACCAUUUGCGAUCACUGUUGAUUCAACAUCCUCUGUGACAAUCCGGGAGAGGGACAGUAAGGAUCAGGUCCGUGUUAGUGUGGAAGAGGCAGCGUCUGUUGUAAAGGAGGUAACCGAUGGACGGAGAACAUGGGCAGAUGUUUGGUCUACUUUCCCCCAUCAUUCCUCUGGAUCCGUUGAGGCAGAUGAGUGAAGUUGGAUCGUUACGCCGACUCAAACAACCAUUAGAGUGACACCUAUUUUUUAGAUUGUUCAGCCAGACCUUUGCUUCAUACAUACUGCUGGCAAAUCCUUUUGCAUUGUGAUGCUCAACCGUAAGAUUUAUGGAAAAUUAUAGGUAUGUACCUAGCAGAUUCCAGCAUGUUCAUGUUUCACCUGGCAAUGCGCUUUGUACCGUCCAGUGGAAAUCAGGGUAUCAUGCAAGUCAAUGCUGCCAUUCCUUGCUAUGCAACUCGAUGGAUAUUGGGCGACGGGGGAACUUCAGAAAAAGAAUUUUACCCGCGAGAUGGAAAGUGAAUUAACUAGAUGACAUUACAUACCAUAAAAAUGUUGUAAUACGCUUAACUUCAGUAUUAGACAGUUCUAAUAAAUUUCUUUCAGUUAA